AAAAAAAAAAUAAUUGGAUAAAAAACAAAAGAAGUUUUGAUUGCUCGUCCGUAUCAUUUUCGCUUUACAUCGGUCGAUCGGUGUUCAACUGUGUUGGGUGAAAAAAAUAAAUAACAAAAACAAUUAAAACUUCUUUCGAUGUUCCACAUUUGUAAACAGUUGUUCUGACGCGAGACAAACAUAUCUUAAACUACAUCCGUUGUGUGUUUCUUUUCGUAUUUAACAAGUGUGAUUUGAGAAAUAGUUCAUGGGUCCAUACCCUCUUCAAUAAUCUCCCCCACCAUUAGUGUUGUUGCCUACGACUAACCAUCCAAACGUAAUAAACACAAACGCCAAACUGGAACGGGAUAGGAAAGCUAAAGUUAACAAAAGUUCCUCUACCUCAACAAGAGUCGAGCGGGGCAGAUCGGCAGUGUUGGAGGCGUCGACGACGACGACGACGGAAGAAGCGGAUACAAACGCUACGAGCGUCGACAAAAAAAAGAUGAACGGGUUAAGUUUCAGUGAACUUUGUUGUUUGUUUUGCUGCCCUCCGUGUCCAGGACGCAUUGCAUCGAAGCUGGCCUUCUUACCGCCAGAAGCUAGCUACGAUCUGAAACCGGAAGCGGAUAAUACUAACAGCAAGUUUACCCUGACGCUACAUGAUAAGGCCGACUGGCAGUAUACCGAUCGUGAAAAAGAAUGCUUCGAAGUGUUUUACGCACGAUCUGCUCGCGGGAACAGAAUCGCAUGUUUAUUCGUCAAAUGUAGCGCUAACGCACGAUUUACACUGCUCUUUUCCCACGGCAAUGCGGUAGAUCUUGGGCAAAUGACUACGUUUUUCAUCGGAUUAGGUCAACGGAUUAAUUGUAACAUUUUUAGCUACGAUUAUUCCGGCUAUGGUCAAAGCUCCGGAAAACCGACGGAGAAGAAUCUUUACGCAGAUAUCGAUGCAGCGUGGCACGCUCUACGAACACGGUAUGGCAUCAGUCCUGAAAAUAUAAUUCUUUACGGACAAAGCAUAGGCACGGUUCCCACGGUAGAUUUAGCCAGUCGCUAUGAGGUUGGUGCGGUCAUUUUGCAUUCCCCUCUGAUGUCAGGUAUGCGAGUAGCCUUUCCAGCUACAAAACGUACGUGGUUUUUCGAUGCAUUUCCCAGCAUUGAUAAAGUGCCGAAAGUAACAUCACCCGUUCUGGUAAUACAUGGUACCGAAGAUGAGGUGAUCGAUUUUUCCCACGGUAUGACCAUUUACGAAAAGUGUCCCCGAGCAGUGGAACCAUUAUGGGUGGAAGGGGCCGGUCACAAUGACGUGGAAAUGUACAGCCAAUAUUUGGAACGGCUAAAACAGUUUGUGUCCGUUGAGCUGGUCAACUGACAAAAGCUGAACAAACGCACCAGCGGCAAUAGCAGUGGAAAGCGAACCAAAGGUGAUGGUGACGGCCGAAAGGUGGCAGAAAACGAUGACGAUGAUAAUGAGGAAGACGAAGAAGAGGAUUUAAAUACGGGUAUGUUGUUGCUCAUGAUUGUAAGUGGUGUUUUGUUAAAUGUUUUAUAUCGUUAUUCGUUCUUCAUUGAUCCAUAACAGAUGAUGAAAUAUUGAAUGCAUCAAUUACAUUAAGUUCAAACUCUACUAAUGAUGCAUCCGCGAUCGAAAAGCUUCUCUAGCAUCAGGAGCCUGGCGGGGAGAGCGAAUUUAAUUUUGCUUCCUCCGCCCCGACAGCCUCUAGCGUUAGUCUACCAGUCACUCGUUCCGACGGGGAUGGCAGAGAUACGGUUGAGGAUCAGCUGCCCCAAAAACCGCCGACGCCGUCUGUUUCUGCUCACGAUCAACAAAAGGCAAGCCAACCACAAAAUGGUGCUGCGAAUGAACAUGUAGUAGGAAAUACGAAAGCGACCGUGCACAUCAAUGGUGUGGCGGUGGAUCACUUUCAUCAGAACUCCGAUGUAGAUGAGGAUCGACGGUCUCUGUGUCAGAAUAGUGAUGUACAUGGUUUCAUUUCGUACUCAUCCGACAGCAGCAUGAUCGAGUUAAAUCUAAAGUUCCGCAAGUGUGCUUGCAAUGAAAACAUUAUCAACACCUCCAAAGAAAACCUGCAACAGAUGCAACGAACCAGUCCAACAGGAGCGGCAGCACCAACUGAUGGCUAUGACGUUGUCAAUGCUGCCAUUGCUGGUACGGAGAGCAGUAUGGUCGGGAAGGAAGGUAAAAGCAAAAAAAUAUUAGCAUUAAACAAGGACAAUUUGAAUAGAUUAGUGCGCAAACUGAACGACACUACGAAUAGCUCAUCCUCAUCUUGUACAAAGUGUAGAUUAUCAUUAGACGUCAAGAACAUUUUAAACGGAAUAGGUAACGUAAAGGCAAAACACGCCACAGCAGACGCCGUUGGGAGUGACAGUGUCGGUCGGUCCCCUGGUGGAGAUGAUUCUAACUCCCGCCGUGCUGCGCUUCCACUAACCAUCGACGAUUCAAUGCUCGGACUGCGUGCAGACGACUCACUGCUAGGAAGCUCAGCUUCCCCGCUACCCUCGCCACUACCUUCGCCUAAUUCGCCGUUACCGAUCAUCGGUCCGCUUGAGCGACGUCAUAGCGAAACGGUCGAACGGCGAUCAAUUGGCAUACAGCAUGCAUCGAAACAAUAUCGUAAAAAACCGCCAUUAUUGCGAACACAUGGCCGCAGCAUAGCACAAGCAGAGGAAAUUAUAAUCAUUUCCGAUGAAUUCAGACGACAAUCGUUGCGCGAUCAGCAAACCAUACGGGUACAGAAGAGUCCGAAAACAAUUUCCAAAUCGAUGGAAAGCAUAGACAAGCGAAAUUCUAUGUCACUAUCCCUUCGGCCGGUGACAAUCAGAAGCUUUCAACUGCCCAACACUGUGCAUGGGAUAGAUCCAGCCGAUGAGAUGCUAACGAUAGUGGUCAAUGCUGCCGAGACAACGGGCGCCAACGAUACAAAAACAAUCUCAAAAUCAGUUGAUGAUAUGGCACUCGGCGGAGGACAGGGAGUAGAAGACUCCGCUCAACCGAAAGCAUCUGAACCUGCCGGAGAUGACGUCGAGUUAAUCUUCAUUUCGGAUGAGUUUGUCAAACGGAAAUCAAAGUCAAGCUCGGAUGUUAUCAUCGUGGAAAAUGCUGCUGGUCGCAGGAGGGAAAGCAGCAGGCGUAAAAAACCCAUCAAAACCUUGUCGGUUGCUGGCGUCGAAGGCAGCAACGCGGAAAAGAAAAGACUUUCCUCCAACACGGCCCGAGCCUCUAGCACUGAAGGACGGAUUGUGAAAUCCGCAACCAUACCGGUAGCCGCGUCUAAAGUGAAAAACGUCCGUCGCAAAACAACUAUAUCCAACUCGAAUAGUUUCCUUACUUAUGAGGAGCCUUUCUCUCCAGAGACGCUUGAAAGUAAAGACAUUGGUCAACUAUUUGCAGAUGCAUCGGUCGAGUAAUCUUAAAGAAACAUGAAUGAUUGUAAUAGAGUAGAGCCUGCAAAUUUAGUGCAACAAACGAAUCCUCACUAGUUAUACUUCUUGAAGUUAGCAUGCGUAUGUAUGUUUGCAGAUUACUGGUGAAGGAUGUUGUUAAACAUGUCUGUGAAUCUUCCAUUAAUUAUGAUGUAUCCUUUGUUAUCGCACAAAUUUAAAUGGUAGAAAAAAAGCAAUUAUAAUGAUUGUUAUUUAAUUGCGUUUAGCCAGUCGAAUAGACUAUGCUCAUUGCUUACAGAUUAGUAUUACUUACACUUUCCUAUAGUUUAUCUCAAUGCUUCCCGGAAUAGAGCCUUUCCAUUUGGUGUUCGUUUGUUGCAAUGUUGUUUUGAAGCAAGUAUAGAUUAACUCCCUCAGACAACGUUUCUAAAACGCUUUAUUGAUUUUACUGCAGUGCAAUUUGUGGGUUCGUAUAUGUUGAGCGCAUUGUAUCAUUUAUUACUCAGUUCACCCAAUCGUAUUCCAAAGGGACUGAUGAUAUCGACUGAUAAAUGCAUGUAAAAAUACUAAGUAUAAAUCAUCCUGUAUGAAGAGUAGUAAACAAAUCCGAUAAAACAAAACAUUCGAAAAAUAUGUAAAAAAAAGUAACACAGCAAUAGGUGGAAAGUUCUCACAACGCCAUCAUCGUACAAGAGUAGUAUACAAAAAACAAAAAAAAAAAAUACCAAACACAAAACAAUCACACACGCACAUACGCAGCCUAAAACAACGUAUAAAUUAAAAUGACUGUAGAAAUUGGAUCUGUGAGCACUUUAAAUUAGUCUGACGCUCAUAUUGUUUUACAAGACCCCUUUUUUCAGAUUUGAUAUCAAUGUUAAGCACCGAUAAAGCCGUCCUUCCAUUUUUGAGUUCUAUUUGUUGUUUGUUGUGCAGGCAUGUUUGUUACUAUGUCUGACACACGAAUGCAGGUUUAGUUGUGCAACUAUCACUGUCAGAACGUACAAUUCAAGUUAAAGUGGAGAAAUUGAACAUUUGUACAAACAAAUCCUUUGCAAAUCGCUAUUAAUCCUGAUCGCUCAAGCACACGUACACUGCAAGUAGUCAAAAGUUCGAAACAUAACGACAAAAGUAUAAUGAUAACUCAUUUCGAAUUUGUAUUUUUUAAAUUUAAGUGCAUUAUUUAGGUUUACAUAACUUCUGUGUCUCGUGCAAUGAUAUGCAAGUGUUAUUUAUAACACUGAAGCAUUACGUUUAUAAAGCAAACAAUUUCUCGGUAAACUGAAGCGGCGAUACACACGUUAUCUGUAGCAUCUUUUUGAGAUAACCUAUGCGUUUAACAGCUAAAAUGAACCCAUUUUGCAUGGUAGCAGACGUAUUACGAAAUCUUCCAUUCCCCCCGAAAAACUUCCACUUCUAGCCAGUUCUACAUCGAACCAGAACAAGAAUUGGCCAGAAAAGCAACAAUGCGUAAAUUUGAUAAGAAUACAUACGCAAAUGAGGAAACAUUUGCAAUGAAAGUACUCUACACCAUCAAAAACUUCUUAGAUAUGAAUAUAUAAGCAUGUACACUACUGAGAUUAAGUGGUUUAUCUUCAUGCAACGUUUAAGCCAAUGGCGAGCCAGCCACCAAAGACUCCUAAAGACACAAAUAAUAAGAAAAAAGCUCCCAACGUUUCGUUUCUUCUGUAAACUAUUCGGCUCUCGUGUGAUAAGUGAUGUAGAUUUUGGAUCGUUUGUAAGAAAACCUUGAUACGAUUGUAUGUUGUGACUAAAUAGCCGUGUUAGCUUGAAACAAACAAGCUAGUGUUUUUUUUAUUGUGGAGAAUUUUUAAAUUUUUGAUCAGUGUUUUAAAGACUUUAUCUUAUGAGCGAAACGUACCCCAUACAUGUAUUUCAGGUGUUGUAAAAUUCUAAUUAGAGAGAUGAAGGGUUACAGUUGUUGGAGAACAAAUGAAGACAAACAGUACAUAGACUCAUCAUAUUAUCCUUAUAAAAUAUAUACAUUUUCUUGUUCAUGGUGUGUUUCAGUUUUACAAAUAUCCAUUAGCUAAAAAUUAUGAAAAACAGCUCUAGAUGAGUGCGCAACAGAAGCUCAAUACAGUAGGUAAAUAAAGUAAUUCAAUGAGAAAGAAUACGACACAUGUUAACAGAAAACAAAACGAACAUGCUUUCACAUCCACCGACAGGACGUUCAAAUAAUGAAUCCAACUUUUGGACUAGCUCUGGUGGGUCUGCCUGCCAUAUGAAUCAAAGAGAAGUUAAAUCUUGGCGUAAAAUGCGCGUAAUUAAUUCCCAAACAUGAUGUAGUGAAAUUUUGGAAGUGAGGUAUAAAGUAUGUAAAGAAGUUUCACACAAUUUCACACAAGGCACAGCAAUCCGCAUGGUUUAAUCCGACGAAUGUACAGUUUUCAAUCCGAAGCGUGCACUCAAUUGAUUUUCUUGUAGUGAGAAACGAUUGUUUAAUCAUAAGAACACACUGUUAACAACCUAAGACCAACGCAUCCAGCAUUCGUCCAACAUAGAAAGAAUAAUUAUAUUCUCUUGAACAUGGCAAUCUCGUGCACACAAUAUGGAAUCACAGUGAAAUCAAAUUGUUAUAAUCAAUCCAA